UCAGUGGUGUUCUUGCUCCUCCACUAAUUUCAAUAUUGCCUUGUGAUCCCAAACAGGAUUAAAGUCAUAAUGAGUUAGGUGCUUUUUUUAAUGCAUAAGGUAACUUAUCCUUUAGUAUGCAUUAUCACUUAUUUGAUGUAAAAAGAGGCAAUAGAUUCUAAGUUCCUGAAGUCCUUUUUGCAUUCUACCUUUAAUCGUACACCAGUGUGAUACAUGUUGAUAUUUGUGCUUCCUAUUCCUAGUGUGUAGGUUCCUGGUGGCAGGGUGAUACUUAGUCAGGUGACUCAAAUUCAACAUGUUUCUCAGUCUGAGAAUGCUGCAGAUCACUAGAAGCUUGAUUUCGCUAAGAGAUUGGGGUUUGUGAGCUCAUGUUUUUGUGUUUUUGUGUCUGUGAUGCUAGAGAAUACCGAUAUCCAGAGAAUUAAAUAGUUAGUGCUGUGAUUUUCAUAGUAGCGCUGACUACGCUUUCCUUAAAAUUAGUUAGAGGCAUGCUGAUGUUUGGGUUUAAAGGAUAACUUUACAGGAAGCCAUGAGCUUUUUUACCAUAUUGAGGUUGUUUCUUUUCGAACUUAAGUAGCUGUGAAGCAGAUACCAUAAAAAUAACAUCAAGUAAUUUCCCAUUACAGUAGUCAAGAUUUUGACAGUUGUUUCAUCUGAGAAAUAGUGAUAAGUAUGGUCUAUAAACACGUGUAGACUUCCAGGGUGGAGGAAGGAGGAGCUGGGAGAGGAAGUUGGGCUGUAACCACCAUAUGGUUUGUACUGCACUGGGAGGUACUAUGCUCUGAGUCACGCACCACAGUCACAGCUAUUUCCAGCUCUCAUUAAAAGAAAUUAUCAACUUCUGAGCGAGUGAGCUGUUUCAUAAUGAACUCUACUACUUUUAAUGAUCUGCGAUGCUUGGUAGGGAAGAAAAAGAAAUCUUGAGAGGCAGCAAAAUCUUUUGUUGCAAGUGGAAAGACUGCAGUAUGCCCUGCUUUAAAAUGUAUGUUCUGUGCAAAGGGAUUUGCUUUCCCAAAAUAUUUAUAGUAUAGAUUUAAUAUUAGCCUAUGUGCUGUAAUUUUUUUCCUUCUUUUUCUUAAUGAUAAUAUUUAAGACAACAAUUCUCUUACAUUUUCUUUCAUUCAGCAGUGAAAUAAAAAAGUAACUAUCUGUUGCCUUUGAUUAUUGGCUACUUUAUGUAUUACGUUGUUCCAGAAUAGUUUGGGCAUAUUUUAUGAGCAGGAGAGGAAGUGUUAUGCAGUAGUUCCACCUUCUUAAACUCAUUUUGCCUCCACCACUGCCACCAUCAGUUCAGCAGCCUUACAGACCAUCAAAAUAGAAUUUUAUCACCUAGUCCUGAUUGUUGAGGGGGUUUUCUCUCUGAGAUUUAGUGAACACACCUCUGUGGUACAAAACCUUUCGUACAGUCUGUGAUGAAAAGGCAUGAAAAAUCCUUUGGCCAUAUAAUUUCAAAAAAAAUGUUGUAAUGCUUUGUCCUGCCAUAGUAAUCUGUAUACAAUUAAAUUGCAGUCUUCAGGAAAGGAAGAAGUAUUUUCACUUUUUUUGUCUCAGAGCAUUAAUCUCCUUAUCCAUGGUUUGUCCUGCAUCAGCACUUUAACGGUGUGAGUAAUCUUUAGGUUGCAGUUCAUUCUCAGUAAUCUCUUCUUGAUAAGUUGUGGUGAGCACAGAGACAGUUCUUACAUGGUGAACAGUGGGUGUCUCUGCCACUUCUCGCUCCCCAUCCCUCUCAUCCACUGCUUUUCCUCCACCAUUGUGUGGCUCAGGCACAGACCGGCGCCAAGCCUGACACCAAAGUACACUAGAACUAGGAUUGUGCCACUGUUCUCAGUGGGGUGGGUGCCCACGAGCUAAAAAAGCAUUAAAGGUACUUUGGGGUGAACUCUUUGGUGUUCUGGUCUGAAUACAUUUGUGAGUAUCUUCAGAGAAUCUUUUAAAAAUUGUGUACUUGAAUAGUAAAUAUGCCUCGCAAAAGCCCUUUCGAAGUAAGAAACGUGAGGAAAAGCAGCAGAAUUACAGUGGUUUCUAAUCACUGUUUGCCACAAUGUAAUUUACCUGUCACAACCAAAAGGAAUUGGUUUAAUUUGUGCCAGGGUAUAACUCUUAAGUACAGUCUUUCAGCUGUUGAGUUAAAUGGCCAAAUUCCCUGGAAGUUCAGUAAGAACGGGGCCAGCUCCUCUCUCAUAAAUACUUUUGAGGAAAGUGUUCUUGUUCAUGGAGGGGGAUUUUUAAUUAUGAAUUUUAAGGUAUGUGAGAUGUUGCCUGCCUCCAAAUGCACGUGGACUUUGAAUAAGCUGAAAAUCUUCCAUGUGCUAUUCAUGACCUUGUAAAUCUCUUAUGUAAAACUCAUGUAAAAUUGCUGUUGUCUUUCCCCUUUUGCAGUAUCGUCUUCCCAGUAUCUUGCCCAUAAUUACUGAUGGCUGAAUGGAGAUGAUGGCUGAAUGGCGUUUUCUUUGGAUCCCUUCAGUGGGUGGAAGAUACCUGCGUUCCCUGAAUCAUAGGUUUCUCACUUGGCAAUUUUUAGGCCCAGGUUUUAUAUUAGUUUUGCAUGUUUCAGAAAACACCAGAAUCAUGGAGGGGCUCUUGCAUUACAUAAAUCCAGCUCAUGCCAUUUCACUUCUAAGCACACUGAAUGAGGAGCGUCUAAAGGGACAGCUGUGUGAUGUUGUUCUCAUUGUAGGAGAUCAGAAAUUUCGAGCUCAUAAAAACGUUCUGGCUGCCAGCAGUGAAUACUUCCAGACUCUGUUCACGAAUAAGGAGAAUGAGUCUCAGUCAGUGUUUCAACUUGACUUUUGUGAGCCAGAUGCUUUUGAUAAUGUAUUAAACUACAUUUAUUCUUCAUCCUUGUUCAUUGAGAAAGGCAGUCUUGCAGCUGUGCAAGAGUUGGGCUACAGUCUUGGAAUAUCCUUUCUUACAAACAUUGUUUCUAAGAGUCCUCAAGCUCCUUUUCCUGCUUGCCCUAUGAAAAAGAUACUGUAUCAAGAUGAAGAUGAAAGUAGUUCUCAGAAGAGAAGUGUCAUUGUCUGUCAGAACAGAAUUGAAGCACAAGUGAAAGGUAUAAAUCAAACACAUGAUUUAAGCCAUACUUCUAAACCUUCAUCCUCUGUUGCUGUCAAAACUAGCAGUAGACCACAAGUAACAAAACCAGCUGAAACCCUUCACAACUUGUCACUGACUGAAAGGAGAUGGCUGAAAGAAAGCCCUGCGAGCUAUACCAAGGUUCAUGAAACUUCUGGAACUGUGGAGGAUCAGAGCAGAGGUGGUUUACUGAAAAAGAACACAGUACUUCCUCAAAUGCCUUUAGCAGAAAAAGAAAUUGCAAGCGAUGAACCAGGAAGCAGUGGUCAGCUUUUAAGAGGAAAGGCUGCAGAGAUGUCAUUAAAAAGAUCGCGCCCACCAGUCUUGUCUCUGCGUGGUACAUCAGAAUCUACGUUUUUGUUGCGAGAGGCAGGAAAAGGAAGUUGUCAAGGUGAAGACAGGAAUUUGCUAUACUACUCAAAGUUAGGGCUAGUAAUCCCAUCUAGUGGAUCUCGUCCAGAAAACCAAAGUAUUGACAGAAGUGGGCCACUUGUAAAAAGUCUCCUUCGAAGAUCACUGUCCAUGGACAGCCAGGUUCCCAUUUACUCACCUUCUGUUGACCUAAAACCUUCACAGGUAUCAUCAUCCUCCUCACCAGGAAUUAAUGAUUCCCAGAAGACAUUUAAUGUUGUAUCUCAAAAGUCAUCCUUGAAAGAGUCAUCAGAGAAAUUAGUCGCAGAUGAAAAACCACAGGUAAUACACCCACAUCGCCUUAGGUCUUUCAGUGCCUCUCAGUCAACUGAUAGGGAGGUUGCUUCUCCUCUCACAGAGGUGCGAAUAAAAACUGAACCUAGCAGUCCACUUUCAGAUCCUGCUGAAAUAAUAAGAGUUACAGUGGGUGAUGCUUCAGCAUUGGCAAAUAAAGACUUUUCUUUUAAAACUGAGGAUGAUCAUAAGGAACCAAGCAGCCUUCCAGCAAAGAGGAGAUUUCAAGCUGAUAGAACAAUACCAUUCAAGAAACUGAAGGCAGAUGAGCAGGGUUCUCCUGGGUCAGAAGAUAACUUUGAGGAAGGCUCAAGCCCUACGCACCUUGAUGCUGAUUUUCCUGAUUCUGAUGUCAGUAAAGAUGAAUACAGUGAGUUGGAAGAAGCAAGGCCAAAUAAAAAAUUUAAAUGCAAGCACUGCCUUAAAAUUUUCAGGUCAACAGCAGGUCUUCAUCGUCAUGUUAACAUGUAUCAUAAUCCAGAGAAGCCCUAUGCUUGUGACAUAUGCCACAAGAGGUUUCACACAAAUUUCAAAGUGUGGACGCACUGCCAGACGCAACAUGGAAUUGUGAAGAAUCCCUCACCAGCUUCCAGUUCGCAUGCUGUUUUGGAUGAAAAAUUCCAAAGAAAACUGAUUGAUAUAGUGAGAGAGAGAGAAAUUAAGAAGGCUCUAAUCGUUAAACUAAGACGUGGCAAGCAAGGUUUUCCGGGACAGUCUGCUUCACAAGCACAACAAGUCAUCAAAAGGAAUUUAAGAUCGAGAACCAAAGGAGCCUAUAUUUGUACCUAUUGUGGGAAAGCGUUUCGUUUCCUCUCACAAUUUAAGCAGCACAUAAAAAUGCACCCAGGAGAGAAACCAAUUGGAGGAAAUAAGGCUCUUAAGCAGAAAGAUCAUAUUCAUAUUGAAAGUCCAGCAGAAAACAAAGAGGUUUAUCAGUGCCGUCUUUGCAAUGCUAAGCUCUCUUCACUUAUUGAACAGGGAAAUCAUGAGCGACUCUGUAGAAAUGCUACUGUCUGUCCUUACUGCAGCCUUAGAUUUUCUUCUCCAGAGCUGAAGCAUGAGCAUGAAAGCAAGUGUGAAUACAAGAAGCUUACUUGUCUUGAGUGUAUGCGUACCUUUAAAUCAUCCUUUAGUAUUUGGCGUCAUCAAGUUGAAGUUCAUAAUCAAAACACAAUGGCUCCAUCAGAGAACUUUUCUUUACCUAUCCUGGAUCACAAUGGUGAAAUAACUAGUUCAUCAAGAUUGCCUCCUCAGGCAGAAUCCAAUAAAAUGAACAAUUUUGUUACUGCAAAGGAAGAUGGUGUGUUCAGUGAUUCGUCAGAACAAAUAAAUUUUGAUUCUGAAGAUUCCUCCUGCCUCCCUGAAGACCUGAGUGUUUCCAAGCAGUUUAAAAUUCAGAUCAAAGAAGAGCCUGUGGAUGAUAUAGAGGAUGAGGUCACCGAAACGAGCAGGGAACCGAAGGAAGUAGUCUCCAACAAAGAUGCUGGUUUGUGGCCCUGUGAAAAGUGUGGGAAGAUUUUCACUGUACGCAAACAACUGGAGCGUCACCAAGAGCUGUUAUGCUCUGUGAAGCCAUUUAUUUGUCACGUGUGUAACAAGGCCUUCAGAACCAACUUCCGGCUGUGGAGUCACUUCCAGUCUCAUAUGUCACAGGCUGCAGAGGAGUCCACAAAUAAGGAGCCUGAGAUAUGUCCACCAGCUAAUUCUCCAUCACCCCCACCCUUACCUCCUCCCCCACCCCUCCCCAAAAUCCAGCCUUUGGAGCCUGAUAGUCCGACCGGCUUAUCUGAAAGCUCCACUACUACUGAAAAAUUGUUUGUACCACAGGAGUCAGAUACACUCUUCUAUCAUGCUCCACCACUCUCAGCAAUCACUUUCAAAAGACAAUACAUGUGUAAACUCUGUCAUAGGACUUUCAAGACUGCUUUUAGUCUUUGGAGCCAUGAACAGACACACAAUUAGCUUUAACAGAUAAGUUUAAAAGCUGGUUCAUUGGAGGCUGUGUUCAGGAUCUCAGAUGUAUGCCAUGUAAACUAGAAAUUCAAGAGGAUCAAAGUGACAACAAGGAUGAGGAAAAAUUUGGAAUUUGUGAUGCUGCUUGAAUUUGAAGAUUAAGGUAAACUAACUUGGUUAGUAGAUAGCAGAGUAAUUUAAAAUACUGUGGUCUGGGAUCUAAUAGUAACAGAAUGAUUUUAAUUUCAUUUAACACUGAAAUGCGAUCACAUCUGGAUUGUAUGCAUGGAUCUUCAUCCCGUGAUGUUGGUGUGUGCGUGUGUAUUAUAUAUAAAGUUAUAUAUUAAAUGAAAGAGUAACAACAAUUUGGAGUCUAACUGUGAGUUUAUAGUAGUGAAAUACUGUAACCAACUUCAUUAUUUUAUGGGUUUUUUUAAGAAAUAAACACAUGAGCUCCAUAUAAAUACUUGCCAUGCACUUGCAGUUAGGGAGGAAGUGGAUGGAGUGUCUUGCUAUAUUGACUUAGGUCUUAGAAACCUUUAGCAAUAACAAAGAAACCUCAAGUUUGAGUAAUCCUGAUGUUAUUGGAUACAAAUGUUUGAUAUUUUAAGGGAACAUAGGAUUGUUUUUUUGUUAUAUGGAACUUGUGCAGAUUAAAAUAGAAAGUCAGCAAUAUUAUUAAGAUUUUAUAUAAAAAGUAGCAGCAAGCCUGCUUUCAGCCAUUUAAUUAUAUGUUUCUAAGGAAAAUUGGGUGGGAGGGUGUACUUUACUUUCUAUAAUGUCCAAAGACUAAUUUACUAUAGAUACUUUGGUAGUUGAAGUCGUAUUAACAGCCAUCUUAAUGCAAAUGGUACUGUUUAUAAUAUGAACUAAGAUUGAAUGGAUGUCAGACAAGUUUCAUAAUUUUGUUUCCACUAUUUGUACAACUGUUUGUAAUUCUAACUACAAAGGAAUGUAUAACUAUUAAAUCAAAAAGAGAGCUCAUUAAGGCACAGAAGAUGAGUUCUGUUCCUACACAGAGUAAUAAGCUUGGCCAUGAGUACGAAGAUAUGUUUUAAUAUAAACUAAAAAUGUAAAUAUUUAUAUAGACACCUGUAUAAAUGAAGAAGUAUGUAUUUGAAAUUUGUAUUAAGCAUACAUAUCCAGCUCAAAGCAGAGGAAAAGCAUCACACUACAAUCACUGCAUUUUAUGAAUACAAUGCAUAGAAUAUUUCUUUCUGACGCUUUCUGUCAUGUGUGAUACCGUGUUGCAGUUUUCUGAUUUGUUGAAAAUCAUGGUAAUUAUGGGAUGCAGGUAUUUUGUGUGGUUCCGUUAUUUUACCUCAAAUCAACUGGAGUGUUUAGUAUGAGAUCAUUGAUAUUUACCAGAAGCUAUAGUAAGGGUCCAAAAUUACUCUGUAAGUAAAAGAAAUAUUUACCCAGAAGUAGGUGGGAAACUAACGGUGAAAAAUUCUUCUACUAGAAUUUAAACUUGGAGUGGUGAUGAAUUAAAGUGAACAUAAAUGAUGCAAACAGUGUUUAUGAUCCUGACCAACUUUACCCUGUGUGGGCUGGGAGAAGGGAUUUGCAUUCCACACUACAUACUCUUGAGUCCAGUCUGUGUUUGCUGAAAACAACAGGUCAUGAGUUCCAGGGGAAGCAGGAAAGAAUCUUUAAUUUCAGCAUCUCAACUAAGAAGAAUUGCAAGCUGAUACCAAGAUUUAGGCAAAUCAAGCACAAAUGUAACUCCUAAGAAUCUGAAGAUGGGAAUCCUUAGUUAGGCACAUGCAGGAGGAGAUUCUUUUCUCAGUGAAAGCCCAAGUGUGUCAGAGCACAGAGUUUUUUUAUCAUUAUUUUUCCUGUAAGUUAAAUUUAAAAGAAUUGGCUCAGGAUGGACCCCUGACAUUUUUUCAGCUACCAAAAUAUUGCAAUGUUCCUUUCAAGCCUCUUCUGUUUCAGUUUUGUUUAAAAUUGUUACUGAACACUUCUAAUAGUAACGUGUUAUUCUUUUUUUUUUUUUUGUCCUCUUUCAGGCAAAUGAUACCUGAAUAUGAUUGCGCUAAUUUGUUAGAGUAUCAGUUAAACUCUUUUGGUGACAUUGCAAUUAAAACAAGGUACUUGUUUAAUAGUGACAUUUUUAGUUACAGACUUUUUUAUUUCACCUAAUUAAGACUAAAUCUCUUUCUUACCAGAAAUAAUUUCAGAACAAGUUUAUUGCACUUCACCUGGUUUAAUAAAAUCAGAAAAACAUAAAGUUUCCCUAAGUAUCCUUUAAAUGUAUUUAAGAAAUCUGUCCAUAUAAAAUAUAAUCAUGGGGUGGGGUUUUUUUAAUGGUUCCUAAGUUUUCAUCAAUGAUUCCUCUACACAACAGUCUGCAAAUUUAUAUGUAGCCUUUUAAAAAUCCGUGUGCUUUCUGAAGCAAGAUGGCAACUAGGUCAGCUGUGUCAUAAUGGUCUAACUUCCAACUGGAAUUCUGCUAUGUAAUACAAUGAUAAAUUUCACACACUUAAAUGAAAAGUUUGUGCAACAGCUUUGAAGGAACCUUGACGUUUUUCCUAGUACACUAUGUGUUAUAAAAAAAUACAUAAAAUAUUUUGGUCUAAGUAGCCUCUUUCUAAGCGUUUGGGUUUUGGGGGUUUUUUUGUUUGAAUUUUUGUAAGUUUUUUUUUGAGCUGUGUGGGUUGGUUUGGUUUUGUUUUUUUUUAAUUCAGUUCCUGUUGUUUAAUAAAGGAAUUCAGGAUCUCUGAAGUUUAAAUAGGAGAUAUUUAUAUAGCAGUUGUGGUUUUCUAUUAGCUUUUAUACAGUAUCUUAAAAAGCCCUUGAUAGAAGUGUUUAUUUUGGAGGAUACCGAAUAAAUAUGCUUCCACUUAUAUAACUUUAAUAUAUGUUUUAAAACUUAAAUUAUGGAAAAAAAAAUGUUAGUUGCUUGUUUAUAAAUAAAGGUCUUUUGAAGAGUGUCUAGUUUGGCCUCAGCCAAAAUAAAAGGCAAAUUUAUUGAUACAGAAGCCUGUCUUCAUCAUAUUUUGUUUAAUAUUUUAGCUGUGUGCUAAAGUGACACAAAGUUCGAGGUCUUGUUAAAUAUAAAAAGUGGUUUGCUUCUUAAAUUUUGUGACAGGAAUGUGCAGAUGUUUUAAUAUAUAGAUUAGAAUCUUUAAUUCUUCAUUUUUUUUGCUAUUUUUAUAAUCUGUUGGAUAUAUCUCAGAGGACUAUCCUGCUUCAGUAGAAAUACAGUGGAAAUGUUUCUUGCAUUUAAGAGGAGCAGGGUUGAGCCAUGAAACGUAUUUUGAUUUGUUUUUCUUUUCAGGCACUGUGUUGGCAAAGUGUCUAAGUUAAGUUCCUUUAAGAUCAGUCUUAAUUUUUUAAAAACAUGUGCUUAAGCUCUUUGGUAGAUUGGGACCAUGAUCAACCUUGAAAGAGCAAUGGCAGAAAAUAGGUACAGAACCAAAAGUUUAAGUUAAUUUUCCUCUACAUAAAAACUGCAUCUACAGCUAGGGUAUAGUUCUGUAGUUUUAUAAAAACAAAGGAGAUGAACCAGUAAUAAUAGAGUCUCUACUUUGGGGGGAUUUUUUUUUUUUGUAAGGGGGAGUGAAACACCCUCUGACAGUUAAUUGGGCAGAUAACCUGCUGAAGCAGUGGGUGACACUAGAAUUUGUCUUACGUGUUUUAGAAGGGAGAUGUAGCCUUAUCCAUGAACCAAAACACAGCUCUGAAAGUCUUCUUCCUGCAUUUCCUAUUUAGGCAGGCCUUCUAGUGACAUCCAGUAGAUUUAUUUUUUUUUUGUCUGAUGUUUGUUUUUCCCCAAGUAAGGGGGGGCCGCAGGUUUGGUCUGAAGCUAUACGUACUCUUUGUUUCCAAGCUUCCAGUGAUAAAACUACAAGUUACUCACAUGGGAUAAGGACAGACUAUGCCUAACUUUUUGGCACUAAACAGUGAGGGUGCAAAUAUCUGGCAUGAGCCUGUAAUCUGGCAGGUGCCUAUACUGUUUAAUAAAAUUGUUUACAUUUUCCUACUAGAAGAUUUAGAUAAAAAUCAAAGCAAGCUUAAGGGUUUGGGGUUUUGGGUUUGUUUGGUUUUUUUUUAAUGUUACUGUUAAUGAAUCAGUGUUAAAAACUUUGUUGUUGUUUUUGUUGAACACAGCCUAAUAGUAUUUUUUUAAUGUCAUUGAUUCUUGUUUAUUUAAAAUGACUUGUGGAAAAUUGUACUAUAACUGUUGUACAUAAAGGGACACUAUCAAGAGAAAGGUUGUAUACAGUAAACGUACUUAUCUGUAUUAAGAAUACUUGAUAUUAAUAAAAUCAAAGAAUUUAAAACCAGGAAUUGAGUCAUAACAAGCUGCCUUGGCAUCCUCAAUUGUUGCAAGGAUGUCUAAAAAAUAUAUCUGAAUUCUGUGGGUUGAGCUUAUUUUCCAUGUUGCUUUUUCUCUCUCUAUUCCAGAAUAAAGGACUUAAUCCAUUUUUUGCUUUUCUGGUUCCUCAGCCAUACAAAUUACUUUUUAAAGACACAAGCUUCCCACUAUUGCAGCAGCAUCUUUAAUUAAAAUACGUACAUAAACCCAGAACAAACUAUCUUUUGCAAUGUAACAUGCAAAAAACAUAUAAAGUGCACAUUUUAAGGCUUAUUCUUGACAGUGUCCCUUUAAAAAAAGCCAGGAAAAUGGGAUCACUUUUAGUGCUUGGGUACAGAGGAAUAGUUUCUUACAGUUUCUAGAAAUUUGAAUUACCCAAUAUAUUUGCUAUGGAGUUUUCCAGUUACACAAAAUCACUUGUCAUUUUAAAGGAUUAUAGAGGUAAGACAAAAGAAGCUGGUUUUAUAAUCCUGUAUACUUUACAGUCAUUCUAUAUCUGUUCAAUACCUGAGGAUGGCUUUUUACUUUUUUUAGGACUGAGACUUAAUAGCUUAGGGUAACUUUUCUUUAAUGUAAUGUAAAUCCAUUGCUGCUUUGUACAACUUUUUCUACUGUGUGUUUUCUUUACUUAGAUCUUGACUAAGAAAUGUUGGCGCCCAAUAAACUUACACUUUGUUUCUUUUGAA